AUGCUGGAGGGAGUGGUAGCUAACCUUCUCAACCGAUUCUUGGGAAUUUACGUCAAGAACUUCGAUGCGACACAACUCAACAUCGGAAUCUGGUCGGGCGACGUUAAGCUACGGAAUCUCGAAUUACGUCGCGAAGCACUCGAUCAACUACACUUGCCUUUGAAUGUCGUCGAAGGUCACCUCGGCCAACUCACACUAUCCAUCCCAUGGUCAAAUCUUCGAGGGAAACCGGUGAAGGUUGAUAUUGAAGAUGUCUUCUUGCUGGCGGCGCCGAGAGAAGAUGCAGACUACGACCCGGAGGAGGAAGAACGACGCGCCAAUGCGCUGAAAAUGGAACGAAUCGAGAGCGCCGAGAUCUUACGUGAGCGAAACGCAGAAGGCAUGAGCCAGGAAGAGCAGCGUCGGAAUCAAAGCUUCACGCAGAGCAUGAUCACGGCUGUGGUGGACAACCUACAGAUUUCCAUCAAGAAUGUGCACUUCCGGUAUGAGGACUCUAUUGCCUCUCCCGGUCAUCCAUUUGCUCUUGGUGUGACACUCAAGGAGCUCAGUGCUGUCAGCACAGAUGGGGAAUGGAACCCAACUUUCAUCCAGUCAGAUUCCAGUGUCACGCACAAGUUGGCCGUCCUUGGUGCUCUCUCUGUUUACUGGAAUACAGACGCCACACUCCUCGGAACUGGACGGGGGUCUGAUAUCGGAGCCGAGGCUCAGGGAAUCGGCCGCGCAGAAUUGAUGGAGAAACUGAAAACCUCAAUUGAUGCCGAUGAGGGCAAUCAAUUUAUGCUGCGCCCUGUUAGUGGUCGCGCUGGAUUGGAAAUGAACAAGUCGGGCAAAUAUGACACGCCUGCAAUCAAGGCACGAUUGCUCUUUGACGAACUUGGCUUUGUUCUUGACGAUAAGCAAUAUCGCGACGCCCUGAUGCUGGUUGACUUGUUCCAUUACUUCAUUCGCCACCAGGAGUACAAGAAGAUCCAGCCGAAAGCUUCCCCGAAGGAAGACCCACGGGCAUGGAUGAGGUUCGCGGGAGAAGCGGUCCUCAGUAAGAUCCAUGAGCGCAACAGACGCUGGACCUGGGGCUUCAUCAAAGAGCGCAGAGAUGAUCGCAUUGCGUACAUUACUUUGUUCAAGAAAAAGAAGAAGGAAGAAGCCUUCACGCCCGAAGAAACCAAAGAGAUGGAGAGGCUUGAAGCUAAACUUAGCUACGAGGAUAUCCGUUUCUGGCGAUCACUUGCACGAAAUCAACUGCGGAAAGAGAACGUCGGAGUCAAGAAGCCCGCAGAGCAACAGUCUUGGUCUGACUGGUUCUGGGGCGCCAAGAAGGAAGAAUCCGAAGAAACGGCUAUGACGGAAGAACAGCGACAAGAGCUGUACAAUGCCAUUGACUGGGACGAAAAGAAAGCCAUCACCGAGAGCGUCGAUCUGCCUCGAGAAUGGGUCAAGCUUGAAGUCAACUGGAGUCUCCGCGCUGGUAGCUUCACCCUGUUGCAGGAGCCCCACGGUGCAGCAAACGAAGUCAUGAAACUAGUGUUUGACAACUUCCGAGCCAAAGCUCUCCAGCGCCCUGACUCCUAUCUCCUUGAUCUUGACCUGGGAGGCUUAAAGAUGUACGAUGGCACUACCGCCGGCACUCUGUACCCUCAGAUCGUCAAGGUUAAGGACUCUCUUGACUCCACCGAUGACCAAACCAGCCUGACACUGGAUCAAUCCACUUCAGAUAUCAAUGACGAAGGCAGCCUGUUCCAUUUACAGCUGGAGCAAAACCCCCUCGAAAGCGAUGCAGACACCGCAGUCAAAGUGAAGCUCAAGAGUAUUGAAGUUAUCUACAAUCCCCGGUUCCUCGUGGAGAUCGUCAAGUUCUUUGAGCCACCCGAGAGACACAUGGAGUCUAUUGGUGCCCUUCUGGACACAGCAGGUGCAACCGUCGAAGGCCUUCGACAGCAAACCCGGGCUGGCUUGGAGUUUGCUCUGGAGGAGCACAAGAAGGUUGAUGCGCAGUUUGAUGUCCACGCACCCCUGAUCAUUGUCCCCGAAAGUAUCACACAGCCAAGCUCGCUGUGUCUUAUUCUCGAUGCCGGUCAUGCAAGUGUCAACAGCGAGCUGGUCGACCGUCAGGCAAUGCGGGAUCUCCAGUCCAAACAAAAGCGACAGUAUGAAGAAGAGGACUACAAGCAGCUAGAACAUUUGCUGUACGACAGAUUCCUCAUCAAGCUUGAUUCCACACAAGUGCUCAUCGGACCUGGAGUUGAAGCUACAAAAGCCCAGCUCAACACCAACGUGGAGUCCAGAAACUUCCACAUCAUUGAUCGCAUCAACGUGGAUCUGGCACUGGAGAUGUGCAUCGUUCCAAAGGUGACACAGCUCACGCGCACACGGAUUUCGGGACAUCUGCCAGAACUCCAUGCAUCGAUGUCAGACACCAAAUACAAAGGAUUGAUGAAAUUAAUCGAAAUUGCAAUCCCACAAUUCGAUGAUAAGUCCGAAACAGCCGUGAAGGAGGAAUCAGUGACACGACCCAGGUCGUCCUCCUUCCAGCCACCCAUCCAACGAGACCUCCCGGUUGUUGAUGACGAUGACGACGACGUCGAAGAAGUAGAAAGGAGCAGCGAUACUCCGGGCUCUCCCGCCAUUCACAGGCGGGACUUCGAAUUCAAAUUCACCGUCGGUCGUCUCCGUGGAUCACUUUCCCGUUCCGAUCCCCACGACGCGCAGAAAGAUCACUUGCUGGUUGAGCUGGUCGCUGAAGGCUUUGAACUGGACUUCUACAUGCGCCCAUAUGAUAUGGUCGCUGAAGUUGUUCUCAAAUCGCUGAGUGUGGACGAUUACAUCGAAGAGAACCCAGUUCCGGAAUUCAAGAGAAUUCUCUCGUCCAAGGGAUUCAAUGCAGAUGAAGACAAGGAUCUCUUCCAGCUGAAGAUGGUCCGGGUCAAGCCCGAGUCUCCAGAAUUCGAAUCAACGUAUGAAGGCGUGGCCAUGAACCUGGAUAUUGCAGUUUCUACCAUCAACCUCGUCGUCACGAGAAAGACACUCCUCACUCUUCUAGACUUCAUCCUACUCACCUUUACAAACCCACAACAGCCCACUCAGCCCGCUGAAAUCAAAGACAGGGUUGAAGCGAUCGAGGAAAAACCACAAGCCGCUGGAAAGCUUCGCAUCAGGGCCAACCUCAAGAGUAUCGCAUUGAUUUUGAACAAUGACGGAUUGCGCCUGGCGACUUUGAGUCUGAACACUGCCGAUGUCGGAAUCUUCCUCGUGGGUGCUUCUAUGCUCAUUCAAUCUCGCAUAGGCAGUCUGACAUUGGUGGAUGAUGUCAACCAAGGUGCCUCGGAGGACUCUGACAUUCGCCGCCUCCUCACCAUAGAAGGAGAGAACUUCGCUGAUUUCAAGUACGAGACUUUUGAUUCCGAGAGUGAGACAUACCCCGGUUAUGACUCCGAAGUCUAUCUGCGGUCUGGGUCGAUCAAGAUCAAUUUCAUGGAGGAGCCAUACCGCAAGAUCAUCAACUUCCUCGUCAAGUUUGGAAAGAUGCAAGCCAUCUUCAACGCGGCUCGUCAGGCUGCCGCCAAUCAGGCCACCCACAUGCAAGAGAAUGCAUCUCGAAUGCGACUAGAUGUUGUGGUCAAGACCCCGAUUGUGGUGUUCCCGCGAGUUAUGCAGGAUGAUCGCCCACGCGACACAAUCACUGCCCAUCUUGGUGAAAUCUAUGCCAAGAAUGAGUUUGUGCCUAUGGAUGAAGGGAAGGACAGUCCUGCUGUCAACGUGAUAUCCACUGGUGUGCGCAACAUCCGUCUUACCUCGAAGUUCCACUUCGAAGAUGGCACAUCUGAAGAGCUGGAGAUGAUCCAGAAAGUCAACCUGGACUUCAGCAUCUGCUAUUUGGAACAUCAAGCGAACAAUCCCCGUCCAGACAUGGAGAUCGAGGGCUCAUUGUCUCCUAUCAACCUCCGCAUCUCUCAAAGUCAACUCAAGUUCCUGCUGGAACUCUCGAAGUCGAUUCCCGGCGCUUUCGCUACUGAUGCUGAGCAACAGGAGCUCGAGGCUAUGGAGUCUUUGCCUCCCUCUGUAACGGAGCCGACAAGGGAAGCUACUCAGUCCAUUCUCGAUAGCUCGGAUUCACCGGCUGGUGAAAAGGAGACUUGGGUUCGAUUGGACAUGAUUUUCAAGGUCGACAGUGUCGGACUGGAGCUGAUCCUAGCAAACGAUAAUCAACCUGUUGGUCGUUUGGAAGACUCUAGUCUGUCCAAGUUCUCCCUCAAUGACACUCGAGUCAAGCUGCGCAUGUUGACGGAUGGGUCGUUGGAGUCCGAGCUCCUCAUCCACUCAUUCUCCAUUCGUGACAGCCGGAAGCAGGACUCUAACAAGUUCAGGAACAUCAUGUCUUUGAUCAACAAUGAUGUCCAGCAGCAAUUCAUGGCCAGUGUCUCCAUGUCCGGAGGCCAAGAGAGGCAUUUGAUUGCGAUGUUGACUAUCGAUAGCCCUCGCAUCAUGUUUGCCCUUGACUAUCUAUCUGCUUUGCAGUCAUUCAGUCAAUCUGCCUUUGCUUCCGAAGAACCAGUAGAGGCCGAAGAGAGUGAAACAGAGGAUUCUGAAACAGGGUCCGUCACUGCCGCUAGCUCCGACAAAGCAAUCACAGAGGGCUCCGUCGGUGACCAAGGCUCUGGUAUGACUGUCUCGUUCCGGGUGAAUCUUGUUGAUGCCCAAGUCAUCAUGGUGGCAAAUCCUGCCAUUCCUCAUUCCGAAGCCAUUGUUCUCGGCACUAAGGAGGUCUUGAUCUCCCACCAAAAUGUGUCCACUUUGCAGAUCCAAAAAGUUGGCAUGUUCUUGUGUCGCAUGGAUAAGUUUGAGACCUCACGACUUCGCAUCCUCGAUGACUUUACACUCGAAAUGUCUGUUGAUAGCCGAAAUCAAGAGAAGGGCUCUGCCUUGACCUCGAUUGAAGUCCACCUGGAGCCUCUGGUCCUCCGUUUGUCUCUUCGAGAUAUCCUGAUGGCAAUACAGAUUGUCAACAAGGCUUCCGAAAUGAGGGCGCAAAACUCCCAGCAGAUUGAGAGUGGCGACGUGAAGAAGAUUGCAGACGCAAAGAGCACCAGGGCCCGCUCUACCAGCAAAGCGUCUCACACCAUCGCUAAUCGUACACGCCGUCUGAGCCAAAAUCUCGGACAAGCUGACCAGUCAAGCGCGCCACAGAGCUCCGUAGUCCUCAAGAGGGAAGAACUUUCUGCCAAGAUUGAUGGUGUGAGAGUUAUCCUGAUCGGUGAUUUGCAUGACCUUCCUCUGCUUGACUGGAGUGUCAAGAAAUUCAAUGUUGGGGUGCGUGACUGGUCAUCUACCUUGAAUGCCGAUACCAACUUUGAGACAUUCUUGAAUGUCUACAAUUUCUCCAAGUCCGCCUGGGAACCAUUGAUUGAACCUUGGCAGCUUGGAUUCCACAUGGCAAAGGAGGUCAACCCAGAUGUGUUCUCUUUCGAUGUCUACUCCCACAAGACAAUGGAGCUCACUGUCACAUCUGCCACCAUUGCGCUUGCAUCGAAGUCUCUUCAAUUCCUCUCCACAGAUGAGGAUGUUCUUUCCAAGCCAAGAGGCGCCGAUGCCCCUUAUCGCAUUCGCAACUACACUGGCUUUGAUCUCAGGGUUUGGGCCGAUGUCAGUGCCGGAGAGGAUGGCCCAGCAGCGAAGCUCACUGACGGCGAGGAAUCUCCUUGGCGUUUCGAGGAUUCCACUGCUGUCCGUGAAACACUGACACCCGAAGGCCACGGCGGUGUGGUCGGAGUCAAGCUGGAGGGCAGUGGGUUCGACAGUAUCAAUCGCAUCCCCGUUGUUCGCGAGGGCGAGACUGUCUACGCUUUGAAGCCAAAGCAGGAGAAUGUUCUUCACAGGCUCCUUGUGGAAGUCACGCUAGGACCUGAUAACGUCAAGUGCAUCACGUUCCGCUCCCCGCUUCUCAUCGAAAACAACACGCAGAUCCCAGUGGAGUUGGGCGUCUUCAGUCCUAGCGAAGGCCACCUCCUCAAAAUCGAAAAGAUUCUGCCUGGUGACGCUCGUCCCGCACCUGUCGGAUCCGCUUACCUUCAUUCGGUUGUUAUUCGCCCCGAUCAAGGCUUCGGAUAUGACUGGUCUAAUGAACGGCUGUUCUGGAAGGACCUGAUCAAACGACCCACCCGCACCAUCAAAUGUGUCGGCGAAAGUGGCCAGCAAGCUCCUCCUUUCUAUUUCCAGGUCAAUGCGACAUAUGACAGCAAGGAUUCACUCACGGGUGUUUACCCUUACAUGAGAGUUCGGAUUUUCGCUCCUGUGGAGAUCCAAAACCUUCUUCCCUAUGACUUCAAGUACCGCAUAUAUGACAAGAACACAAAAAAGGACUGGACCAACUUCCUACGCAAGGGUGGUGUCAGCCCGGUCCAUGUCGUGGAACUGUCCCAUUUGCUUCUCCUCAGCAUUGAUUUGGAAGACACAGUUUUCCGCCAGAGCGAGUUCGCCAUUGUCAACGGAAAUGCCCAGGAUUACCGCAGGGAGCAGACCUUGUCCCUCAAGGAUGAGCGGGGUCUCCAGCUGAAGUUGCAGCUUCACUACUUCAAUAUUCCCAACAGUGGAGGUGCUUUCAAGGUCUCUGUCUACAGUCCAUACCUUAUUCUUAACAAGACUGGUCUUCCGAUGGACAUUCAAAGCAAGGCUUUCCUUCAAUCUGCGCGAAACGCAGCUGGGCAAGGCCUUAGAGUCGACCCAAGAGAUGAAGGGCGGGCGCUUCCGUACAUGUACUCGUACGCCAACGAGGAUCAAAGAAACCGAUCUAUUCUGAAGGUCGGCGAGUCCUCUUGGAGCAAACCGCAAAGUUUCGAGGCUAUUGGUAGCACCUUUGAGGUCGUUUUCCCUGAUCGCCAGGGCAGAUCUGAGUUCCAUUCGGGUGUAACCGUUGCUGAGGGAGAGGGCAAGUACAAACUGACCAAGGUCGUGACUCUUGCUCCCCGAUUCAUAUUGAAGAGCAAGCUCAAUGAGGAUCUUUUGGUCCGUGAGCCAGGUUCGUCCAACGUCCACCAGAUCGAGAGCGGGGGUUUGAUCCCGCUUCACUUCCUUCGUCAAGUCGCAGAGAAGCAGCUGUGUCUCUGCUUCCCGGGGGUUAACAACCAAUGGUCAUCUCCGUUCAGCAUCGCCGAUGUCGGUACUGUUCAUGUCAAGUUGGCCAAGGCAAAUCAGCGACAGAAGCUGAUCAAGGUCGACAUCAUCUUGGAAGGAGCCACACUAUUCUUGCACUUCAGCAUCGAGUCUCGUAACUGGCCGUUCUCCAUGCGCAACGAAAGUGACACGGAGUUCAUCUUCUAUCAAGCCAAUCCAAACGUGGAGGAUGAAGAUGAAGAUGAUCACACCAGCGGUUGGAGGCCUAUUCGAUACCGGAUCCCACCACGCAGUAUCAUGCCCUACGCAUGGGACUACCCGGCAACCAAGAACAAGUCUCUUGUGUUGACUUGCCAAGGAAAGGAGCGCCAUAUCAAACUUGCUGAGAUAGGAAAUCUAAUUCCCAUGCGGAUUCCACCCUCGCAGCCCGGUGGACACCAGAAGAUCAUCGACAUCAAUAUUGCUGCCGAUGGUCCUACUCAAACUCUUGUGCUGUCCAACUUCAAGCCAUCAAAGAGUAUGUACAAGCAGCAGAGAGGACAAUCCUCGCAGACUGGUACAAGCACAGGCUUCGAGGUCAAGGAAAUGAAUUCGGACGUCAACUUCAAAGCCCAACUUCGUCUAGGUGGAAUUGGUAUCUCGUUGAUCAACCAGAAUCUGAAGGAACUUCUCUAUCUCACGUUCCGCGAGAUUGAGAUCAAGUUCAGGGAGUCAAGGCUCUAUCAAACUCUCAACACCACGAUCAAGUGGAUUCAGAUUGACAACCAGCUCUAUGGUGGCAUUUUCCCAAUUCUGCUUUAUCCCAGUGUUGUGCCGAAGACUGGUAAAGAGAUGGAGGCUCAUCCCAUUUUCCAUGCGAUGGUCACGCGUGUGAAGGAUGACUCGUAUGGUGUUCUCUACAUCAAGUACGCAACCUUGCUCCUGCAGCAGAUGACGCUCGAGCUGGAUGAGGACUUUGUCUUUGCCAUGCUUGACUUUGUGAAGAUUCCAGGUGCUUCGUGGACUGAGGAGCAGGAGGGCAGGCUGUGCGAUGAAGAUCUCAACAUCCCUGAGCCGCAACAAUCAGACAAUGGACAGGAUGUGUACUUCGAGCUUCUCCAUCUGCAGCCCAUGCAGAUGGACAUUUCUUUCAUGCGCACAGAGCGUGUCAACGUGGAAGAUGCCAUGCAACCCUCCAACCCAUUGAUGUUCUUUGUCAAUGUCAUGACGAUGUCGAUGGGUAAUGUCAACGAUGCACCCGUCCGUCUCAAUGCUCUGAUGCUCGAGAACGCUCGUGUUUCGUUCCCUAGACUGGUCGGCAACGUCCGCGCACACUACACGCAAGAGUGCCUUCGCCAGAUCCACAUCAUUCUCGGCUCAGCCGACUUUUUGGGUAACCCUGUCGGUCUGUUCAACAAUGUCAGCUCCGGCGUUGCUGCCAUUUUCUACGAGCCUUACCAAGGCUUGGUCAUGACGGACCGGCCCCAGGAGCUAGGUAUCGGUAUCGCAAAGGGUGCCACCAGUUUUGUCAAGAAAUCUGUCUUUGGAUUCUCGGAUAGUAUGGCUAAGCUCACUGGAAGUAUGUCCAAGGGUCUCGCAGCUGCCACCCUUGACAAAGAAUUCCAAAACCAGCGCCGGAUGUCCAAGGUGCGCAACCGCCCCAAGCACGCUCUCUACGGAAUCACGGCUGGUGGCAACGCGUUUGCAACCAGUCUGGCCAGUGGCAUCGGUGGUCUCGCACGCCAUCCACUUCAGGGUGCCGAAAAGGAAGGUAUCCAAGGUUUCUUCAAGGGUGUUGGAAAGGGAGUACUUGGAUUGGCCACCAAGCCGGCCAUCGGAGCAUUCGAUCUUGCUUCUAAUCUUGCGGAAGGCGUUCGCAACACAACUACUGUCUUCGAUGCCGAGGGCCUGGAUCGUGUCCGACUUACUCGCUUCAUUGGCACAGAUGGCAUUGUGCGCCCGUAUUCACAGCGAGAAGCCCUUGGUCAGUUCUGGCUUAAGACCACCGACGAUGGCAAAUACUUCAACGAAGACUACAUUGCUCAUCUGGAGCUUCCUGGCCGAGACAUGCUGGUUUUGUUGACGUACGCGCGCAUCAUGCUCGUGCGAACGAAGAAGCUCUACACCGAGUGGGACAUUCGUCUCACCGACAUUCAAACCAUCUCGAAAGAGCGCACCGGAAUGAGCAUCACCCUCAAAGGUGGCGCCAAUGGACCUUUCAUUCCUGUGCAAGACGAAAGCUCGCGCAACUGGCUUUACAGGCAAAUCGCCGUUGCCGUCAACGCUUUCAAUGAGAAGUAUAAUGCCAGGGGGUAA